UUUCGUCCCACGAGGAUCGGAACCGUCCUGAUCUGAUUUAUCUUUAAGGUUCUGCUCUUUUCACUGGGUAAACUCUCUAUACGCCUUAAAAAAGUUACUGAGAGGUCUCAGAAACGAUGGCGGUGGCUGGAUGUCCAGAUUACUUCCUGCAUCACCCAAAUUAUCAGCAGGACAACAUAGACCGCUCCUCCAAUCAUCGACAGGCUGAUCUAAUUCGUCCAAGCUUCCAGCAAUCAACCAAUCAGAGCUCUCCGAGCCAUCAAGAAGAUGACGUCGACUUAGAGGCACUGGUGAAUGAUAUGAACUCGUCGCUGGAGAGUCUGUACUCCACCUGCAGUGGCCAGCAGACAGAGAUAACACCACUACUGCACAAUGGGCAGAACUCUUAUUCACAGCAUCACCACAACCAUCAUCAUCAUCACCACCAUCAUCAUAACACCCAUCACAGCCAACAAAGGCAUCACCACUCCUCUCAGGUGCUGAGCCACGUCUCCCCAGAGCCUCACUCCUCCUCUUCGAAUGUGGAACCCCCUCAGACUAAGCUGAGACGCUCACAGCCCAUGCACAUCCUAGCCGUCAGGAAGCUUCAAGAGGAGGAGCAGCAGUUCAGGACGUCAUCUCUCCCAGCCAUCCCAAACCCUUUCCCUGAGCUCUGCAGCCCAGCAGGCUCCCCGGUCCUCAGCCCUGGGUCACUACCUCCUGGAGAGCCAUCUUCAGGCAAACAUAUUGUGAAGAUCUUCAGUGAGGAUGGCAUCGCCAAAGUUGUGGAGAUACCAGCUGAUAUGACGGUCAGGGAUCUGUGCCAGCUUCUGGUUUAUAAAAGCCACUGUGUGGAUGACAACAGUUGGGCACUUGUUGAACACCGCCCACUGCUAGGACUAGAGCGUUGCCUGGAAGACCAUGAGCUGGUGGUUCAGGUCCAGGCCUCCAUGAGCAGCGACAGCCGAUUCCUCUUCAGGAAGAACUAUGCCAAAUAUGAAUUCUUCAGAAACCCCCUGACAUUUUUCCCAGAGCACAUGGUAGCGUGGUGCCAGGAAAGCAAUCAUACAAUUCCACCAUCUCAGCUCCUUCAGAACUUCCUUUCACCAAGCACCUGCCCAGAGAUCCAGGGUCAUUUGUACAUGAAAGAGGUGGGAAGGAAGUCUUGGAAGAAGGUUUACAUGUUCCUCCGCCGCUCAGGACUCUACUGUUCUACAAAAGGAACCUCAAAGGAGCCCAGACAUUUACAGUUACUAGCAGACCUGGAGGACAGCAGCAUCUUCACUGUCAUCACAGCCAAAAAGCAGCACGGUGCACCCACAGACUUCACCUUCUGUAUCAAACCCAAUAAAGCCAGGGGAGAAAUGAAGGAGCUGAGGAUGCUGUGUGCAGAGGACGAACAAAGCCGGACCUGUUGGAUGAGUGCUUUCCGAAUCUUUAAGUAUGGGAUCGUCUUAUACCAGAACUAUAAGGUUCCUCAACAAAGAAAAACGUUGCUUUCACACUUUUCAGCUCCUGUGAGGAGUGUAUCGGAAAACUCCCUUGUUGCAAUGGAUUUCUCAGGGAGGAUAGGCCGGGUGAUUGAUAACCCAGUCGAAGCUCAGAGUGCUGCCAUGGAGGAGGGACAUGUGUGGCGGAAGAGAAAUCGAGUGAAUGCUUUAGGUUCCCAAAGUCCCUUACACCAAUCUUCACUAAGCUCAGUCAUCCACAUCGCUCAGCUGUGGUUCUAUGGCAGGAUAACUAGAGAGGAGUCCCAUCGUAUUAUCCACCAGCAGGGAGCGGUAGAUGGGUUGUUUCUGCUGAGAGUCAGUCAGAGUAAUCCAAAGGCUUUUGUACUCACGUUGUGCCAUCAUCAGAAAAUCAAACAUUUUCAGAUCCUACCGUGUGAAGAGGAUGGCCAAGUCUUCUUCAGCCUCGAUGAUGGCGUAACCAAAUUCACAGACCUGAUUCAGCUAGUGGAGUUCUACCAGCUCAACAGAGGGGUCCUGCCUUGUAAACUAAAACACCCUUGCACCGUUGUGGCCUUAUGACACCUCCAGACUAUGUGACUGUCUGAAAAAUUGAUCUGAAUUUGCCUGAAAGUAUCAGACAAAGCAGAAAGGAUCUCUCCUUCUUUCUAUGGUUAACCUUUCCAAGAAGCUGGUGAAUUGACUGAUGUUUCGCUGUCGUCGUUUUCUAUUGUGAGCCUGCUGGAGGUUUGCUGACUGGCUGGAUUUUAUUUUAUUUUUUCUAAUUUUUAUCCUUUUUUUCUUGGACCUCUUAUGGAAACUGGUGCACGACUCGCUCCUUUGGUUUCA